UGUUGCUCGCGCCAUUCUUGCAAGCGUGUGUUUCCAUCUCCCGUUACAUUACCAUUGGCAGAGCUUUAGGUAGCGACUGCUUCGGCACAUAUUCUGUUUUCUACCGUCAUUCUUUAGGUGUAUCCAGCUAUGGAUAUGGAUGGUGCCAGCUCAGUGGUGCUGCAGGCCUUGACCCAAGCUACCAGUCAGGACACGGCCGCGCUGAAGCCCGCGGAGGAGCAGCUCCGACAGUGGGAGACGCAGCCGGGCUUCUACUCCGUGCUUCUGAACAUCUUCAAUAACCACAUGCUGGAUGUGAACGUCAGGUGGCUCGCUGUGCUGUACUUCAAAAAUGGCAUUGACAGAUACUGGAGGAGAGUAGCACCUCACGCUUUAUCAGAAGAGGAGAAGACCUCAUUGCGUGCUGGUCUCAUCACGAACUUCAACGAGCCCGUCAAUCAGAUAGCCACCCAGAUUGCAGUACUGAUAGCCAAGGUGGCCCGUCUGGACUGCCCGAGGCAAUGGCCAGAGCUCAUCCCCAUUCUACUCGAGUCUGUGAAGGGUCAGGACGGCCUGCAGCAGCACCGGGCGCUGCUAACCUUCUAUCAUGUCACCAAAACCCUCGCGUCCAAACGUCUGGCGCAGGACAGGCGGCUCUUCCAGGAUCUGGCGUCGGGCAUCUACAGCUUUGCGUGCUCCCUGUGGAGCCAUCACACCGACUGCUUCCUCCAGCAGAUCUGUGCCAGAGAUGAGGCCGCAGCGCUCGGCUCGCUGGAGAGGACGCUGCUCUCUCUUAAAGUGCUUCGCAAGUUGACAGUCUUCGGAUUUCAAGAGCCACAACAGAAUAUGGAGGUGAUGGGUUUCCUGAAUGCAGUGUUUGAGAGGCUAAAACAGUUCUUGGAAUGCUCUCGACAGGUUGGUCCAGACAGCACAUGCAGAGAAAAGCUGCAGAAGAUGAUCAUACUGUACACCAAAGUUUUGCUAGACUUCCUGGAGUACCAUGCAUGUGCGUUCAUACCCCUAAUCCAGCGCUCCCUGGAAUUUGCCGUCAGCUACCUGUUCACGCCGGCGGGGGAAGGAGUGACCUUCGAACGCUUCAUUGUUCAGUGCAUGAACCUCAUCAAGAUGAUUGUAAAGAACGAUGCCUACAAACCUUCCAAGAACAUCGAUGACAGUAAACCAGAGAGUCUGGAAGCUCACAAGAUCAAGACGGCAUUCUUCACACACCCCACGCUGACAGAGAUUGGACGCCGGCUCGUCUCACACUACUUCCUUCUCACAGAGGAAGAGCUGGCAAUGUGGGAAGAGGACCCUGAGAGCUUUGCUGUUGAAGAAACAGGUGGUGACUCUUGGAAAUACAGUCUACGGCCGUCUGCAGAAGUAUUGUUCCUGGAUAUCUUCCACAACUACAACCAGACACUGAUACCGGUGCUGCUGGACAUGGUUCAGAACCUCCAGGGCCCAACCAAUGUGGACGACUCGGCUCAGCUGCUGAUGAAGGAUUCCGUAUACAACGCAGUGGGGCUGGCAGCUUAUGAGCUCUUUGACAACGUCGACUUUGACCAGUGGUUCAAGAAUCAGCUUCUUGGGGAGCUGCAAGUCGGCCAUCACAGAUACAAGUUUAUUCGCCGACGAGUCAUCUGGCUAAUAGGACAGUGGAUCUCUGUCAAGUUCAAGUCUGACCUUCGACCUUUACUCUACGAGGUCAUCCUGAGCCUCAUGCAGGAUCCCGACUUGGUGGUGCGGAUUGAGACAGCUACAACCCUGAAGCUCACCGUUGACGACUUUGAGUUCCGGACGGAGCAAUUCCUCCCAUACCUGGAGUCUAUCUUCGGGCUGCUCUUCCAGUUGUUGCAGCAGGUGACUGAGUGCGACACUAAGAUGCAGGUGCUCCAUGUCAUCUCCUGUGUCAUCGAGAGAGUUAACAUCCAGAUCCGGCCGUACGUAGGCUGUCUGGUGCAGUACCUGCCGCUGCUGUGGAAGCAAUCCGAAGAGCACAACAUGCUUCGGUGUGCGAUCCUCACUACGCUCAUCCACCUGGUCCAGGGCCUGGGGGCAGAGUGUAAGAACCUGUACCCGUUCCUUCUUCCUGUCAUCCAGCUAAGCACCGAUGUUUCCCAGCCGCCGCAUGUGUAUUUGCUGGAGGAUGGACUGGAGCUCUGGUUGGUGACUUUGGAGAACAGCCCCGCCAUCACCCCGGAGCUGCUCAGAAUUUACCAGAACAUGUCAGCUUUGCUGGAGUUGAGCUCCGAGAACCUGCGCACCUGCUUUCAGAUCGUUAUUGCCUACUUAUAUUUGUCUGCCACAGACUUCCUGCAGAACUAUGCAGAGUCUUUGUGUCGAGCUUUCUGCAAUAUGCUGAAAGACAUCACGAAUGAGGGACAGGUUCAAGUGUUAAAGGUGGUGGAGAUAGCUUUAAAGGUUAGCCCCAUACUGGGAGCCCACAUGUUCCAGCCCCUGCUGCCAGCUGUCUUCAGAGGCAUUGUGGCCGGCGAGAGGUAUCCCGUGGUGAUGUCCACCUACCUCGGAAUCAUGGGCCGCAUCCUGCUCCAGAACUCCAGUUUCUUCUCGUCUCUGCUCACUCAAAUGGCCUCCGAGUGCAGCCAGAAGAUGGAGCAGCUGUUGGGCAGCGUGAUAGAGAUGUGGGUCGACCGCAUGGACAACAUCACUCAGCCGGAGAGGAGGAAGCUGUCGUCGCUGGCUCUGCUUUCCCUCCUCCCGUCGGACAACAGUGUGAUCCAGGACAAGUUCUGUGGCAUCAUCAACAUCUCCGUUGAGGCCCUGCAUGACGUGAUGACGGAAGAUUCUGAAACGAGCACCUUCAAAGACUGCAUGCUGAUGAGCCAUUUUGAGGAGCCGAAGCUGAGUGAUGACGAGGAGCCACCGACUGAGCAGGACAAGAGGAAGAAACUGUUGGCCCUGGAGGACCCGGUGCACAGCGUGUCCCUCCAGCAGUUUGUGUACGAGAAGCUGAAGGCGCAGCAGGCCAUGAUGGGGGACCAGGGCUUCGGGGCCCUGAUGGAGACCGUGGACACGGAGCUUGUCAGGCAGCUCCAGGAGUUCCUCAAAGGCCUCUGAAUCACAUCUAUAUUCCUUCUCUAUUUUACACAAACAUCUUUGCCCAAUGCUACCCCCCCCCCCCCUUAUUUUUCAAAAUGUACCAGAAAGGCUAACAAUCUGCCCGGCGUGUGGACUCCUGAUCCAACCCUUCCCGACCUCUACCCAGGCUUUGCCUUAUCUAAAUUCAGAGCCAGCCUUCUCCAACGUCCUCGGCUAACACCCUGCGUCCCUUUCUCUAUUCUCUGGGUUCCUUCACAUCCUUGUUUUUUAAUCAAGGCGGGGUCUCUGUGGGUACUUAAACAUGUCAAAGUACCUUCGCCCACACUAAAACAUGACCACACCAGAGCUUCCACUCAGUUGUUCUAUAGUUUCCUGUCUUUCUGUGCUUCGGAACGGGUAGAAUAUACACGGUGGCUGGUACAAAGGUUUGGAGGUUUGAGGCGUAGCUGGGAAACAAUCCCCUGCAGGUUGCCAGAGCAGGAUCCUCGGACUAUUUUCUACGGAGAAACGUACAGACUGGAGCAGAAAUGUGGAUGAACCGAAACCUAAACAACCUAAAGCAGUGUUUACAGAAUCUAUUCUUAAAAAGAGAGAGAAAAAAGAAAUGUAAUUUUGUAUGUAUGUAAAGUAUGGAAGAUAUUCUGCAUGAUGAUAUUUUACCUUUUAGUUUGUUUUUACUUUGUGUUCAUUUCUCUUUCAUUUAAAGAAGAUCAUUUGGUCAUAGCCAGAGGUCAAGCUGAAGUAACUACUGAGAGAACUUUUUCUUUCUUUCUGAGGGAAUUUAGUUUUGACUGUAAAAUGGGUGAUUCUUUUUUAAAAUGGUUGAUUUGUGAGAGUGCUGAACCACAUUUAUAUGUGUAUAUAUACAUACUGCUGCUAACUGAUGGUGUGUCAGAGCACUUUAAUAACCAAAAUCUGUUUCACCGUGUUUUCAUGCUUCUCUCAGUGGCACAUCUUCUCACACGACUGUACUUCAACACAGCGCUAGAAAGCCUCGGAGCUGCGCGGCACCAUUGUUCAAAUUAGAGCCUGAUCUUGAACUGUUGCCAUAUUUCAUGUCAUUGUAUAAAAUACUGACCCAACUGCAAACGUGACAUGCCAUUAGGAUGUAUCUUUAAAGACGUCAUUUGAAACGAUCUCAUGAAUCGUGACCUCAGUGACUGUCAAAGAAGUCCUAUCGUGAGCCACUGUGACUUAAUGAGUCAACAUUUUUGUCCUUCUGAUUUGACCAAUCGUUGACAUUUUAGUGGUAGAGAGGAGGCUUGGCUAAAUUUGAUUUGACAUAAGAACCAGUUUUUUUCCCAGUAGGUUGUAGUGGCAGGUGUACCUGUUUCACGCAAAAUCUGAAAUUGGGUUUAAAAAGUAAUAUAUCUAUUGUUAGAAUUUAAAACUCCUUAAAGAGAAUAAAAAGUUUGGGUCACCCGGCCGUUAUAGUUUAUUCUUGUGGGAUUCAUGGAUUCAUAUAGUUGUAUUGGCUCUCAUCAGGCUGGUCGGCCUCCCUGAGGGAGAUGAUCCUGACGCUCCUUUGACACUGAUAGAGUCGAGUAGCAGUCAGAAUUACGGCCUUACGCUUUCAGCCUGACCUUAAUCCUUGUAACUCAAAGAGCUUUCUUACUAUUAUGUUCAUUUCUUGACUAGUUCAACCGUAGAUGAUUUCUGUGCUCGGUUUUUCUUUUCAUUUUUGUUAAAGACGGCAAUUAUGAAGUUGAGAGAUGUUUCUGAGCCAUCAAGUUGGUUAUGCUUUGAUGAGAAAUGACACUUGUUGCUUUUUCCAAAGCAUUUAAUAAAAUGCAGUAAUCAGCCAACAUAUUAUACUGUGUAUUACUUAUUUAAUGAUGCAUGCAACUAAAAAAAACAACCCUAAUCCUUAAAAGUGUUUCAAAGAGUAUAUUCUCCGCUGUACUCUUCUUUGGGAGUGUUUAUUUCGAGCAAAUGUAAUGGCGCUACCACAAUAACUGACUUGAAGAGAGACUAUUCCCCUCAUUACCGCACCAUGGAGAACGAAACUUUGACAGGAGGAGCGCCUCUGAAAGAGCAAUAUCAUGGCACACACACAGAUAUACUGACGGGUGUGCAUGCAGUACACUCGAGUGGGAGUGACCUCAGGAAAAAGGGAAAAAAAGUUGCUUCGAUAAUACGGAGUAGCUAGGAAAAUGCCUGUGCACACAAAGGAAGGGAAAUAUAUUGAUUUAAGAAUGGAGAGGUCUGGAGUCUGCUGCCGUGCAACACCAGCAUCGCCAACAUGCACACAAUGACUAUUAACACUGGCAGGUGUAAUGUACAGCCGGCACUGAUGGGAGUGGUGUUACUUGUGCACAUAUUUGGUCAAAAACCAAAGUAACAUUCUGACUUCCUGCCAGAUGAAAAGUUAACAAUUACAGCUCCUCCUCUGGGGAACAUAAACGUGCACACCAAACAAGUAAAAAAGUGUCAAACUAGUGGUGGCCCUCGAGGAAAAGGUGAGUAAUCAGGAUUUGUGUGGAGCAUGAAUGUCGGUGCAAAAUUACAUUGGCAAUCCAUUCAAUACAUUCAUUCAAUAGUUGAGAUAUUUCAGUCUGGAGAAAAGUUAUGGAACAGACAACCACCAUCGUCAUCCCUAAAGCCACGGCGCUAGUGUACGUAGACACUGAUCCUAACUGAAAAUAUUACUUUGUGAAAGUUUUUACAUUUGUUUUACGCUACUUUCAACACUCGAUCCACUUCGAGCAUCGUGCUGCUUUCCUAUUGUGGACCAU